AGGAGCUCAAGUGAGGUGAUCCGCGCGCCUCGACCCGGGCGUGCACGUGUGAGAGAGACCGGCUUUGGCAGCGGAGGCAACAUGAACGAGGCCAGGGGUGACGUGGUGGAUCUUUACUCUGCCGAACACCAGAUGGCUCUGCUCAAUGGCUCAGGACACGAACCAAAACCCUGGGAACCCGUGUCUCCCAGCCAGCACACCUACGUAGGCAUCUACCUCAUUUUUAUGGGAGUGCUCGGGACCUUCGACAACGCUCUGGUGGUCGCCAUGUUCAUCAAGUUCCGAGUGCUGCUUACCCCGUCCAAUCUUCUGCUGCUGAACCUGUGCAUAACCGACCUCGGCAUCUGUCUGCUGGGUGGCUUUGCCUUCAGUGGCGUGUCUUCCCUGGCUGGAAGAUGGCUGUAUGGAGAUUUCGGGUGCCAGUAUUAUGCCUUCAUGGGUUUCCUCAUGGGUGUUGCCAACCUCACGACCCUCCUCAUGAUCGCCCUGGACCGCUACCUCGUCACCUGUCGACAUGAUUUACCCGUCCGGUCGUCCUUCAGGGUCCCUCGCCUUUAA